AUGUGCUUGUUUGUUGAGUCAACACCUCAGAGUCUUCUCACACUUUGCUGAAUCUCGGGUAACCGGGCUGAUGUAAACCGUCUCUUUGGUGGAUCACAAUUAUUCUAUUCCUAACGUGAUAAAAGCAGCUACUAUAUAGAGAUUGACGACAAAGGAAAACGUGAACGCGCUGGGGUGCUGCAUGUGGUGCAUGUUUACCGCUACAAAUCCGCUGGACUCUGGCAGGAACAGGCUACGCAACAUCAUUUGGUUCAAACCUCCUUCACUUUAGGUAACUGAAGAGUCUCCUUGAGUUGGCAAUAUUGUAUAUUAUACAAAGAUGAUUUGCUUGAAGAUUGGUGUCUUUGCUUGUAUAACUCUGGUUUCUUUAAAUGGGGCUGAGGGUAGAUCUAAAACUCUUCAAUCUUCCUUAGUCCAGAAAUGUUCAGAAAAUCAAGAAGGAACGUACCGAGUUGCUCUGCAGUUUUGCGAUGGCAAGUACUGGCGUUCUAAGAAACGAAAUUGCUCUCCUCAAUCAGGUACGAGUUGUCUUGAUAUAAAAAAGAGAGGGUUGAGUGUCGGAGAUGGAGAAUAUUUGAUUGAUCCAGACGGAGAUGGCGCUGGUAAACCAUUUCAAGUAUACUGUGAUAUGACCUCGUUUGGUGGAGGAUGGACAAUGUGUUACACGACGGACAGUCAUGUUAAUAUCAAAACUGAACUUGUCACCACACCUGCCCUUGGCUAUCGUGCAGAUUGUAAUAACAUACCGUUCACUGAAGCGAUAUUUGUUGAUGAGAAAUCCAAGCAAAAAGCAGCCUUUAAAAAGAGUGGUCCACCUGUGACAUUCACUGGAAAUUACGAUAAGCAGGCAAAUGCUUAUGGCUUGUGGACGGCGCAAGGUGUAGCCACAACGCAGUACAAAUUCCAAUUGUUGAUAUGUGACACAACGUUCUACAAGGGACUGCACGUCUCCGGGUUCACCAAAAACUGUUACAAAAAGUGCAAUCACUGGUGUGGUGACACAACCUCUGCCUACUUCCGCACAUCGGCUGUCUCAAACAAAGCUUACAAAGGUGUUGCUUUCAACCAGAAUGGUCACAAACCGCUGCCAAACCGCCUCAUCAGUGCAGGCAUUCGUUAACAUGAUAAUUCGACCGAACAAAUUGAAACCGAAUUAAAUUUGAAUUUAAUAAGCUUAAUUACCUGAUGCAAUUUGUAGUGUAAAUUUGUGAACUGAGUUAUUUUAAGAAACUCGGUUGACUUAAUGUUUUGUGUUUUCAACAUUUUUACUUUUGUCUUUGUAUAAUUGAAAUCGGUAUACUAACGUUAAUAAAUGUCAUUUUUGUUAGGUUUUUCUCGAAUAAAUAUUACAAUAUA